AAUACUUUUUCUCUCGUUUAAAAACCCAUGCAUAAUUCAGAAACUUCACGCAUAGUCACUGAAGCAAGAGAUCAUAUUGCUAAUGUCGUCGUAAACACGACUGUUGAUUCCAGGGACAGCGAACAUGGCGACCGCGAGUCGGUUGUGCGCGAAGAAAACUUGAACGAGGUGUUUCUGACGUCCACCUCUCAGUCCUCUGCCUCGGUUCAAGAUUUCCAAGCAGGCCGUCACUCGAGCCUGGCCAGCCCAUGGCAGGUGACGGAACAGAGCGAUUUUGACAAUUUCUCCAGUGAAUCUUACACCAGUACACACGAACUAUUUGCUGGUUUAGAUCAGGCAAGUCUUCUGCAGGCUGUUGUGUUCAUUGAAGAUGCUUACAAGUAUCGCUCUAUCAGUCAUAAGAUGGACCCCCGGGCCCUGCUUCUCUACAGAAAUUACAACUCAACAAGCAUUGUAAUAUUCCGGUUUGUUGUAAUAUUUGUGCUGCAUGUUCUUGUGAUAUUUGAACAUCCAUCAUCCCUGACAUUGACCUCUGACCUCCGGUUUCGAGGUGAGCGAGUAAUUGUGCCAUGCUGGCUCACAGAAGGAACAGAGUUCUUGUGUCUUCUUCUGCUAGUAGCAGAUACAGCAAUCCGGGGCUAUUUAAUGGGGAGGUUCUACUUCCUGCGACACAAGUGGCUUGUUGCCAGUGCUAUCAUUCUGUUCAUCUCCCUCACUGAUUGGUCGGUUUCAGUGGCUCUCGGUUGUUAUGAGUACAUUAGAUUCCGGAGAAUGCUGCGUCCGUUUUUCGUUCUGUCCAACUCGACGUUGAUGAAGAAAACUGUGAACUGUUUGAGAAGAACUCUGCCAGAAGUUGCAAGUGUUCUGUUGCUGCUGGCUCUCCACUUGUUUAUUUUCACUCUCUUUGGCAUGCUCCUGUUUCCUCAGAUACGGACAUCAUCGAAUAGCACAACGACUGGUAAUAAUUCUGUACUGAACACGUUCACCACCACACCAAUUCCACUGAGUAACAACACACCAGCAAUCAGUGUUGACAAGGAAGCAUCGCAAUAUUUUGGAACUUUGUUGGAUUCAUUCAUGAAUCUUCUUGUGCUACUCACAACAGCUAACAACCCAGAUGUUACCAUGCCUGCGUAUCAGACAAACAGAUUUUUUGCUUUGUUUUUCAUCAUUUUCCUCAUUGUUGGAUUGUACUGCCUCAUGAACAUGUUGACUGCCGUCAUUUACAACCAGUUCCGAGGCUACUUCCUGGCCUCUAUGCAGGCGAGUCUCUUCAGGAGGCGGCUUGGAGUCCGAGCAGCAUACGAAGUUCUCAGCAAGCGCAAACUGGAGUUCCACACCUCGAAACUCGGCAGUGUCAGAGUGGGUGUGGCUAGUCCUGUGAUAAAGUUAGUGGUAAAAAAAGCCAAACUCUCGCCAGUGGUGAGUCGAGCACUAAACACAGCAAUAGAUGAGCACCCUGAUGCUGUGUAUUCCUCCUCAGAGUUUCAGAAGAUAUUUGGCGAGCUCGACAAGGAAGUGGAACACAAAGAGCGACCUGUGGUAAGAUGGUUUGAAAACCCGCGUCUUCGAAUGGCUCAACGUGUGUUCCUACACCGGUAUUUCUCCUAUCUCGGGAGUGUGGUGGCAUUAGUCAAUGUGCUAGCUAUAUCGUUUGAGUUGGCUACCCAGUAUGACAGUUCAGUUGGCUCGAGCCAUUCCAUAUUAAGGAUUUUGAACUUUGGUUUUGUGCUGUACUACGUGCUGGAGCAGAUUGUCAAGCUGUGGGCAGCAGGCUGGCGGCGCUACGUCCACGAGAAGAGCAACAUCUUCGACGGCAUCAUCACGCUCGCUCUCGCCAUAGGAGAAAUAGUUUCCACAGCGAAGUAUCGUAUUCCUUACUCCCCUAAGAACAACGUUGAUGACAGUUUGGUUUUGUUGAACAUCAUAAAAUUUGUCAACAUUUUUAUCAUUGUCCGACUGUUGAGAAUUAUUCCUCAUAUUAAGGCAAUGUCUGUUGUGGCCAGUACGUUAAUAGAUCUGGUGAAAAAUCUGAAGGCGUUUGCUGGAAUUCUUCUAGUGAACUAUUACAUGUUCGCCAUCCUCGGAAUGGAGUUGUUCCAUGAUGUGAUCAAGUUUGAAAACGCCAGUAUAGCCAACAGCUCCAGCCCUUUGUUCCAGUGUGGGACAUAUCAACAACUUGGCUACUGGGCUAACAACUUUGAUGAUUUUGCUGCUGCGGUUGUGGUGUUGUGGGACAUCAUGGUUGUUAAUAACUGGAUGGUUUUUCUUGAAGCGUUCAGGAAAGUGACAACUGCGUGGUCAUAUCUGUAUUUCAUCGGAUGGUGGCUGUUGUCAGUUGUUAUUGUACUUAAUCUCUUCACAGCACUUAUUCUCGAGAAUUUUAUAAUGAAGUGGGACAAGAGUCUUCACAGCAUGGGAAGGGAGAGAACUCAGUCUGGGAGUCGGUUUGAGGAGUCUACACAUCUGAUGUCUGUUCACUCAAUGUUUAGAGAGCAGCUGCAGGAGCCUGCCGACAAUGAGCUGCUGGUUGAACUGUCACAACACAAGUACCUCGAGCUCAACAGAUGACGGUGGCACCACCUUGGGACGCGGCCAGCACGGGAUGCACCGACCAGCCAGUCCGAGGGUCCGUCAAACAGUCAGACGCAAAAUCUCAUCGAGGCAUCCUCACCAUCGAAAUAUCAAGCUAUAAAUCAACCAAUCUAAAGAAAAAAUCAGUUUGGUUGUUACACAACAGUUGUUUUUGAACCAAAAUUUGAAUCAUGUAGUGUGAUGUUGAAUUGUGAUAACAGCAGUGAGAUUCGUGCAUCAUGAUGUUUACACUGAAAUAUGAUAACAUGAGAUUAAAACAUUCUGACAUUGAAUUCCAACAACAUAGCAGUGAGAUUUGUGAAUCCACAUUUCACACUGAAAUAUAACGAGAUGAAACCAUUAUCCAACCAUGUAACCAGUCUGACAUUGAAUUCUAAGAACAUGAUAACCAGACAUUGUAACAAUGAAUUAUGGUAACAGCAUCCAGACACUAGGGUAUUUCCGCAGUGACUCACAUUACAGUUUUGCUCAAUUUAUACACUAGAGUUUGCCACAUAGGCUGACUACAAUCAUUAGAGAUGAUUGGUAUAUAGCAAUAUACAAUGUAUAUUCAGAGGGUAAAUAAUAUGUAUUAUUAUCCACAUAGUUGAAGAUAUUCAGGGAGAUAUGACCAGUAUGACCCACGUGUGUCAUAAUGAUUUCACAUGCACAACGAAUGAUGUAAUUUUGUGAAGCGACGUCAUAACUUAAUGCGGCUUCCCCAGUGUAAACACUUAACAAAAUGACGUCGUUUCAUCGUCUCGUUUUAGUUACGUUUGAAACAUUUUGAAAUGGUUGUAGCUCGUUAUUCACGAAAAUAAUAUUUUGGAUAAUGUGGAUAAUAAAGAAAUUCUUACACUCGCGUGUGAAUUGUACUGAUUUUAUGAAACUCUUGUCAGGAUUCCUGUAUUACCCAAGUGAGAGCGAGGAUACUACAUUAAUCCUGACACUUGUUAGUAAAAUCAGUACACCCUACCUGUCUUAAUACUCAAGUUCGUUGGCAGUCGGAAACCCUCAUAUCUUAGAUUUGACUGGUUUUCUUAAAGGGACAUACCCUAGUUUUCAAACACUAAGGCAUAUUUUUUACUAUUAGAGUCGUUUUUGAUAACUGAAAUCAUACUUUACUUACAUUUUAUUGUUUAGAUUAUC